UUAUAUUAAGUUUUUAUUAAUAUUUUACAAAUCUAGAAUUGAUAAGGAGGAGAGAUGGCGAUCAAUACACCGCCAAUUAUUGCGGCUCGUAUUUUUUACGGACUCCGGACUGAUAUUCAGUACAAUGUUCAUUACCUAAGUGAUUCGGAGAUCAUUUAUCCGGCAGGAGGAGUUAUAGUAAUUCAUAAUCAUCUACAGAAGAAACAGAAGUUCAUUAGACUCCAAGAUAAACAUAAACCUAUAAAAUCAAUGGUCCUUGCUCCAAACAGACGAUGGCUCGCACUAAAUGAAAUAGCCGAGGAAGGUCAAAAGCCUAUUAUAACAAUUUACGACUUGACCACCUACAAAAGGCGCAAGAUAUUAACUGUACCGUUCGAGAACUCGACUGCUAGAGAGUUUGCGUGCGUUCAGUUCACGUAUGAUUCUAAAUAUCUGGUCGCGAUAACUGGCGAGCCGGACUGGUACUUGUACUAUUAUAACUGGGAUAAAGGAAAAGUCGAAAGUCACGCUAAAGCGCAAAACCCAAGCGGACAAGGAAUUGUCGAAAGUGUACAAUGUAAUCCUUCUGAUGCAACACUUGUCGUAAUAACCGGGCCGUACACAUUUCGUAUCAUGAACGUGGCUGAAACGGUGUGGCGGCAAUGGGGAUGGUGUAAAGCUGAAAAUAUCAACAUAACGAGUUGCAUGUGGCUGAAUCCGGACCGCAUCAUGUUCGGCACGGACAGCGGCAUGAUCAUGCUGGUGGAGAACGGCGAGCUGCGACAGAACUGCGUCUUCCGUGCUCUCGAGGUCAUGGAGAUGUCCAUCAAGAAGGUGGAACAAGAAACUGAAGAAAGUGAUAAGACUAGUACAGCUAGUAAGCCAGAUACCACCAGUGACCAAGUAUUCGCAGACACAGAAACUUACCCAGUUACCUGUUUUAUUAAUUUUCCAAAAGGGUUUGCAUUCUCUUGUGGUCCCGGUUACGUCCAUAUGUUUGAGAAGGAAACGAUACAUCACUAUAGAAAACGAAAUGUCUUCAGGAUUUCUAAGAAAUCAUACAAACAUACGAGAGAGUACCCCAUGUGGUCACCGUUGGACGCCAUUCAGCACGUUACGAUUGAUCCUAACCAAGAGACUCUUCUUAUUACCACGCUACGGAAACAACUGUACAGCGUCAAGCUGUUUGGACAACACAUGCUGCAGAAUCCAGAAAUACCGUUUACGGAACUCGGUCCAGCGAUGCAUUACGGCCGUAUCAAUUCUCUGUCGAUGUGCGCAUGGAAGCCGAUCUUUAUGACAUCAGGUGAAGAGGACAAGAGUAUCCGUAUCUGGAACUACAUGACGGAUGAUGUUGAGCUGAUUAAAUUGUACCAGGAAGAGAUUCAUUGUGUCUCGCUUCAUCCCACCGGUUUAUUUGCCAUAGUUGGGUUUUCGGAUAAAUUACGCUAUAUGGUUGUACUGAUCGACGACUUCGAAGUGAUGCGCGAGUUUCCAAUACGGAAUUGCAAGCAAGCGAAAUUUAGCACAAACGGACAUCUUUUUGGUGCGGUGAAUGGACAAGUUAUACAGGUCUUCUCCUCUGUGUCGUUUCAGAAUGUUUUCAAUCUUAAGGGACACAACGGUCUUAUAACUUGUCUCGCCUGGUCUGCAAAUGAUCUCACUCUAGUAUCGUGUGGUACUGAAGGCGCGGUCUACGAAUGGAGUAUGUCUACUGGACAACGAAUCGGAGAAGUUAUCCUUAAAACGAAUCAAUUUAGCGCUUGCGCGGUUAACAGCAAUGGAAAAACUACGUACGGGAUAGGUACUGACGGCGAAAUCAAAGAAAUAGGGUCGAAUACAAUAAGAAGAAGUUUAGGAUUGAUCGGUUGCCCUUUGGACACGAUAAUUCUCUCACGUUCCGACAUGAUGCUCUUCAUCACUGGAGGAGAAGGCGGCGUGACGGCGGUGCAGCUGCCCCUCCUCGAUAAAGCCAUCUAUAAUGAGUUUCACAUGCACAACAAGAAGGUUACCAGCAUCGCUCUGGCCUACGAUGAUCAAACGCUCAUAUCUGUCGCAGAAGACGCAUCCAUCUGUUUGUGGCGUCUUACCAACGCGGAUGGUAGAGCCAUCGCUUUAGAUAAAGACUUUGCGUAUUCCAAAGAGAUAUUGAUAAGUAAAAAAGAUUUGCAAGAAAAAAUUAACAGCAUUAAUUUACUGAGCACUAGAAUGAGUGAACUUGAAACUGAACACACAUACCAGCUCCGGCAGGCUGAAGCAACGCAAGCUGAAAAACUGAAAGAGGUUCACGAAGGUUACUGCGCCGCUAUCGAAGAACUGAAAGAAAAGAAUGAAACAAUGGAGAAUGAGCAUACACACGAAAUAGGAAUGAUACAACAAGAUAUAGCAAAACUACGUUCAGGUCACGAGAGGACUCUGCAGACAUUAGAAGCAGACUUUAAUGUCAGAUUGAUCAGUGAAUACGACAGAUAUCAGAGUCUGGAAGAUAAGACUGCUCGAAUGAGAAAAGAGUAUGAAUCCCGUAUAGAGAAACUAGCGGAAAGUAAACGAGAAGCGCUACGAGAACUCAAUGAAAUGUAUGAGGCGAAACUUGAAGAAAAAGAACUUGUUUUCCAGGAGCUUCAAGAACAAGCUGAUAUGGCAACUAAAGAACACGAGACAAUAAAAACUUCAAUAGAAGAAGACGCAGACCGUGAGAUCAUUGAAAUAAGAACAGCUUACGAAGUUCAAUUGAAGGAGGAGAAAGAUGCUAAUGUGAGGCUUAAAGGGGAAACUGGUUUGAUGAAGAAAAAGUUGAUUGCGGCCAAUAAAGAAAUUGAAGAAUUUAAACAUCAAGUCUCACAACUUAAAGCUGAACAUAAACAGUUCCAAAAAGUUAUUUCGACAUUGGAGCGCGAAGUGGCUGAUUUAAAGAAAGAAAUUUGUGAAAGAGAUGGCACAAUUCAGGACAAGGAGAAAAGAAUAUAUGAAUUGAAGAGAAAGAAACAAGAAUUGGAGAAGUAUAAAUUUGUUUUAAACUUCAAAAUAACUGAACUUAAGAACCAGAUUGAGCCAUUAGAUCGCGAAAUUAAAGAGAGAAAAAUGCGCAUACUCGAGUUGGAAGUGUCGCUCGAAAAUUUGCUAAAGCAAAAAGCUCGCCGCGAGCUUAAUAUCAAUCAAUUAAACGAAAAAUUGGCGUCCGCAAAAAAGGAUUAUUUAGCUGAAGCAAACAGAAAUAUGACGUUUAAGAAUACGUUGAAGAAAAUUAAAAUCGACCUUCACAACAUGUCGGCGAACCUGCAAGAUCCGACAAAACUAAAGUCGAGCGUUAAGGCACUAUUCCAUAAGUACGUAGAGGAUGAGGACUUUAUCCGAGGUCGCGCGGCUGAGGACGAAGCUGUCAGAGAGUUCAACCGGCAGCGUGACCACCUCGAGAAGCAGAUCGCCUCGCUCAAAGCCAACCUCGCCAAGUCACUCGGGGGAUCGAAGAGUGACAUCACCAAAAUUAUGGAUGAAAACUGCACUCUGUUGACCGAGAUCAACAAUUUACGUACGGAGCUGAAGUCAACGCGUACCCGUUGUUUCCAAAUGGAAUCGAUCCUGGGCCUCUCGGCGCGAUACAUCCCGCCCGCCGCCGCGCGCGCUAAGCUAAAGCAGGUUACAGAGGAUCGGGAGAAACUGGACGAGAAAUUUAAACAGAAGAUAGAUGAAAGAGAAGAAAUCAUUGUAGCAUUAAAAGAAGAAAACGAUCGCUUGCUUGCAAAGUUCCAGUGCCCUGAAGAGUACAGUGGCAAUACAUCAGAGUUCAACCAGUGA